AUGGCAGAUAAGGAGGCGGCAUCCGGGUCUGCUCCCGCCACGGCCACAUGGACCGAACACGGGACCGAGACAAUCGAAGUUGAUGCUUCUUUAGAGAACGACUUGGACGAUGCGGCCGGAGGCUCGAGCUAUGCGACAUCCUUGGCUUCGAGUGUGCUCGACUAUCCUUUUGAGCAUGGCCGUCGAUAUCACGCUUUUCGAGCGGGUAGGUAUUCGCGACCAAAUGACGAACAGGAAAUGGAACGCCUCGUACUCCUUCAUAAUGUCAUGACAAGGCUCGUCGGCGGGCUCUAUGCGGUGCCCAUUGACAAGGAAAAGACCCGUCGUAUCCUCGAUAUCGGCACCGGGAACGGCGCAUGGGCCAUCUCCAUCGCAGACGAAUUCCCCAAAGCCACCGUUAGUUCCCUUUCCCACCCGGCACCUAAUCCUCCACCCUUCACACGCUUACCUCCCCCUCCCCUUUUGCCCCCUUACCUAGAUUAUCGGCAACGACAUCUCGGCGAUCCACGCCCGCUUCGUCACCACGAACAUCAAGAUCGAAGUCGACGAUGUCGAGGACCCGUGGUUACAUUCGGCCAAAUUCGACUGGAUCUUCUCCCGCUACAUGGCAGCCUCGAUCCACGACUGGUGCAAGCUGAUGUCCCAAAUCUUUGA